CCUACAGGUAGUAGUCAUUAAUAAACAGCUCUUCCUGUGAACCUAGGUAUCACUCACUUGCGCAAUACCUAGUACUCAGUGGUCAGUGGAAGGUACCUAGGUAGUCAGUUAAUUGGAUAAAACGAUCAAUACCUGGGGUCUUAAGUUAAAUAUGUACCUACCUGACCUUUGCUCCCGUCUUUCAUGAGGCACUAGUUGCCUACUACGUCAUUGCCAUCCCCCCCCGAGCGCCCUUCCUCCUCCAUCAAAGCUCGACCAUGUCAACAUCAAGGUACGCCGAGUCGUGCGAGAUGUGAUAUGGAGUUAGGUACUGCAUGCACCAUCGAUGUUGCACAUGAAUAAAACAGGCAUCGGGGACCUUGGGUUCCGCCUAUUCGAUUCUUACGGGCAUGGCCUGCCCAAUUAGCGUAUGCAUACAAGUACCGGUAGGUGAGUCGAUGGGGGAGUCACCGAGGGCCUUGGGGAGUAGGUAGGCACGUCAUGAAAUCAUAGGUAAUAGACCUACCUACCUUGCCUACAUCUUUGUCCGUUAUCAUACUAGGUACUGUCAAAAGACCUACUAUAAAACCUAACCCUCCCCCCGCGCCAUCGUACACCCACAUUAGAAUCGUCUACAAACAUCACGUCCCCAUUACACUUGUGGCUUGAUGUACCUUCUCCUUAUCCGCCGGGGAAACAGUCUGGGCCUUUACAUCUCUCCAACCCAACCUGAGGCGUCUCUAUCUUGAUUAUCUCGACAAAGAUGGGGGCCGUGUCAGCUGUUCUUGUGGUUCUGAUCACUAUUCUCUUUCCGCCUGCCGGUGUCGCCAUCGUAGCCGGAUGUGGCGCCGACCUAUUCAUCAAUAUCGCACUCACCAUCCUCGGAUACAUUCCCGGUCACAUUCAUGCGUUCUACGUUGAGUACGUCUACUACGACCGCCGCGAGCAAGUGAGAGAAGGACGUCUGGCAGCUAGACGGGCGCCGGGCGUGUACAGUGAUCGCGUUCAGACAGGUGGACAAGGCUACGGCACUAUAGUCCAGCCUACCAGCAAUCAUUACUGAGGGGCGGCGUCGCACCGCUUCGUCCCGCUGUCAGAUGGGAACCAACCAGGCUUUGAAAUUUGGUUGCCGGUUGGGAUUUGGCAUAGGUAUCAUUAUUUGGGGAUAGCCCGGAUAGGUAUGCUUAUGCAACAAUUAAAUUGUACCUGGACGCUACCAAAUACUCACUAGUACCAUGCUCGGUUACAUGUAGGUAGUUUUGAUUUAUGCCACAACUACAUGUAGUAUUUGAUGUCUGGUCGGCUACUCAAUUUUCUC